AUGUUUGGGAUCAUUGGGAUGUUUGGGAUCACUGGGAUCAUUGGGAUGUUUGGGAUCACUGGGAUGUUUGACAUAGAUGAGUGUUUGGAGCUGCCAGGCCUGUGUCAGGGAGGAAACUGUGUCAACACGUUUGGCAGCUUCUCGUGUGACUGUCCUCCUGGCUACUACCUCAAUAUAGACAGUCGCAUCUGUGAAGACAUUGACGAGUGUUUGGUGAAUCCUGUAAUCUGCGGUCCUGGCACCUGCUACAACACACUGGGGAACUACACCUGUGUGUGUCCACAGGAUUACAUGCAGAUCAACGGGGGAAACAACUGCAUGGACAUGAGAAAGAGCCUGUGCUACAGGAACUUCAACGGCACAACGUGUGAGAACGAGCUGCCCUUCAACCUCACCCACAAGAUCUGCUGCUGUGCCUACAACGUGGGCAAGGCCUGGAACAAGCCCUGCGAAGCCUGCCCAACCCCCGGCACUGGUGACUAUAAGACACUUUGUGGAAACAUCAUCCCUGGCUUCAAACUGGAUAUUGAAACUGGGAAAGCAGUGGAUAUUAAUGAGUGCAGAGAAAUUCCAGGUAUCUGUGCUAGCGGGGUCUGUAUCAACCAGAUAGGGAGCUUCCGCUGCGAGUGUCCCACCGGCUUCAACUACAACGACCUGCUGAUCAUCUGUGAAGACAUCGAUGAAUGUAGCAGUGUGGAGAACCUGUGCCAGAGGAACGCUGACUGUAUCAACAGCCCUGGGAGCUACCGCUGUGAAUGCUCAGAGGGCUUCAAUCUCUCCCCCAUAGGAGCCUGCAUCGACCGCAACGAGUGUCUGGAGAUCACCAACGUGUGUAGCCAUGGCGAGUGUGUGGACAUCCAGGGGGGUUACGAGUGCAGGUGCCACCACGGCUUCAAGGCUACGCCCAACCGCAAGAUGUGCACGGAUGUUGAUGAGUGCGAGCGGUUGCCUUGUCGCAACGGAACCUGCAAGAACACAGUGGGCUCCUUCAACUGUCUGUGUCACACCGGGUUUGAGUUCUCACACCACAACGACUGCAUGGAUAUUGAUGAGUGUCAGACAUCCUUUGGCACGCUGUGCAGGAAAGGCCAGUGUAUCAACAGUGUGGGCUCCUUCCAAUGUCUGUGUGAGGAGGGCUACAAGCUAACCCCUGAUGCCAAGAAUUGUAUGGAUGUGAACGAGUGUAUGAUCUUCCCCGGGACCUGCACUCCUGGAACCUGCCAGAACCUGGACGGCACCUUCCGUUGUCUCUGUCCCCCGGGCUACAUAGUCCAGAACGAGCAGUGUAUAG